UAUAAAAAGCACGAUGUGACCGAUUGGCUCGAUGAAACAGGAAACAACAGCAUAUCAAAUGGAUUCAAAUUCAAAGGUGAUCGGCAGCGUCAAACUGAUGGUAUUUCGAUAUGGUCGGAUAUUUUCACCCAUGGUUUCCCAAAUGGAGACAAAGUCGCAAUAAUUUUGAUGGACACACAGGGUAUUUUCGAUGAUCAAGGAAUGGAAGAUUUAAGAAAGGGAAUAGCCACGAGCUUCCAAGAGAUCGGUGCAUACCUAAUGCCAUUUCCUUUUUUAAAAAUUGCACAUUCACAAAACUUCACCGGUGAUUUGAAGGAAGUUUUACCAAAAUUCAAGACAACUACAAAAGCAUUGAUGGAGUCACUUUUUGCCCCUGAAAAUCUCAUUGUUAAGCAAGUCAACGGACAGAAAGUGCGAGCACAAGAUGUGUCACUGUAUUUACAAGCUUACACAGACCUCUACAGUAGUAAUUACACCGCACUUCCGGAUCCAAAUUCGGUUUUGAUG